AUGGACCGCACCGUGGUGCUCAUCACUGGCUGUUCCUCUGGCAUUGGCCUACACCUGGCCCUGCGCCUGGCGUCCGACCCAUCCCAGAGCUUCAAAGUGUACGCCACGCUGAGGGACCUGACGACACAGGGCCCACUUUGGGAGGCCGCCCGGUCCCGAGGGUGCCCUCCCGGCUCCCUGGAGAUGUUGCAGCUGGACGUGAGGGACGCAGAUUCCAUAGCCGCUGCCCGGGCACGCGUGACCGAGGGCCGCGUGGACGUGCUGGUAUGUAACGCAGGCCGGGGCCUGGUGGGGCCGCUGGAGGCACACGAGGAGGGCAACGUGGGCUCCGUGCUGGACGUGAACCUGACCGGGACCGUGCGGAUGCUGCAGGCCUUCCUGCCGGACAUGAAGCGGCGACGCUCGGGACGCAUAUUGGUGACCGGGAGCAUGGGAGGCUUGAUGGCUCUUCCCUUCAACGCCGUUUACUGCGCCAGCAAGUUUGCAAUCGAGGGUUUGUGCGAGAGUCUGGCGAUUCUGCUGCAGCCCUUCGGGGUCCACUUGAGCCUCAUCGAGUGCGGCCCGGUGCACACCGCCUUCCCCGAGAAGCUGGAGGGCGGCCUGGGCGGGGUGCUGGACCGCGCGGACGCCGAGACCCGCGACCUCUUCUCCCGCUACCUGAGCCACUCCGAGCAGAUCUUUUUUGAGGCGGGGCAGGACCCGGAGGACGUGACCGAGGUCUUCCUCCAGGCGCUGCGCGCCCCGCGCCCGGCCCUGCGCUACUUCACCACCGAGCGCUUCCUGCCCCUGAUACAGCUGCGCUUCUCCGACCCCAGCGGCUGCAGUUAUGUCGCUGCUGCGCACCAAGCAGUGUUCGGCGACCAGGCCGCCGAGGGCUCAGACGGCGCCGGGGCGGAGGCCGGAGCCGGAGAACUGGGGGCACCUGAGCUCGGAGCUCCUCUUGCCGCCCCGAAAUAA